CACGUGUAUGUGAAUUCUAUUCUUUCUUCCCCCAAAAAUUAAGUAAAAGAAUAACAUGGUGGAGAAUCCAAACUUUUAGUAUAAAUAUAAACAAUUCUGUGCAAGAUCCGAUGUGGGAUUUCCAGGGCAAAGACGAUGUGGAAUUCGGUUUGGGGCGACAUUCGAUCAGCAGCCGCGACGUCAACGGACACGGUCACCGAUGCGAACCUAGAUUUCAAAGUUUUCGAAACCAGCACAUGAACAUGGACGAAUCUUUCUCUGGCCAGGAAUAUGCUUUCCAGCUGGUUGACACAACAGGACAGGAUGAGUACUCCAUACUACCUCAGUCAUAUUUCAUGAACAUUGACCGCUACAUUCUAGUCUACUCAGUAAACUCUCUGAAAAGUUUUGAAGUGCUACAUUUCGUGUAUGACAAGCUGCUCGACAUGAAGGGGAACAUCGGCCAUGUUCGUAGCAUCCUCGUUAGCGACAUGUCAGAUCUCAGCAUGGAGAGGGGGGGGUCAGAUGCCGGCAGGCGCUUAAAUGAGUGGAAGACACCGUUCAUGGAGACAUAUGGCAAAGAACAAUUUACUAUAAGCCGCUUGUUCGAUCAGAUCAUCAUGACAUUGGUGAAAGCUGUAAUGUCAGAGAAGAAGGACUGUGUAAUCUUUUAGACCCCAUUGCCAUGGAGACAGCUAAUUUCCACUGUGUUGACUUGGCCAAGGAUAAACUGUUUAAAUGUGAAUCGUUAAAGGCAGUACAGAAAAGUGUUUUUUUUUUGAGAUUCAUGAUUUUAGUUUUUGUAUGAAAAUAUCGCUUGUGCGAUGUUAAAUCAAUGUCAAAAUGUUUAUGAAUAUGACCUAUGUUUUGUCUCAAUCAGGGUUACUAACUCUUGUAUUGAUUGUUGCGAUUGUUUUUCUGGUUAUUUCCCUUUGCUAUCUUACGUUAAAUACCUUUGCUCUCAAAGUGAUGUUAUCUAAUGACUGUUUCAUAUUAUUGUUUUUAGAGCAUCUAAUUAUUGGGUUGCUGGUAUGACAAUUACAAUUGUAAUACUUUAGAAUGUGUAUAUGUGAUGUAUGUGUAUCAAGUUUAAUGUGCCAAUAUGCAAGUAAUUAUCUUCCUACAUAUUGUGUCAUAACGUUUUCGCAUACUCAUGUUGGUCAGGUUUCACAUUUGUACCAGUUCUGUUUAUUCUUCUGUUAAGUAGUUUAUGGGAGUCUGUAUGUUGUAUUAGAUUUAAGGACACUGUGAAUAGUAUUAUGUCUCUUAAGAGGCUCAUUUAAUAUAUGUCUUAAGACUGUCCUAAGUUUAACGUUUUUGCAAUUGACUGUCAUAUUAGUUAUAGUUUGAUUUAAAAAGUCAUGCAGGGUAUUGUUUCAACAGUUUUCCUUUUCUCGGUUGUCAGUAUUAAUUAUAUCAAUAGUUUUUACCAUCUCUCUUGUAUUUGAUGUCUGGGACAUAGUUGAGGUGAUUGCCUGUAUAUUUGUAGUAUGUAUGUCGUCUUUGGAAAGGAUCCAUCCAUUGGCAUUAAUGUGUGUGUGAGUAAUUGAGUUAAAGGGCCAUCAUGUCAGUUGAAUCUUGGUACGUCAUAUGUUAUGUUGAUCAUAUUGUGGUAAUAUUGUGUUUGUUGAGAAACCCCAGAUCUGCAUUCUCUUCGGAAAUUUGGGGACAAAUUUAAUUUGGGGGGGGGGGGGGGAGAUGUUGUGUAUUUGUG